AUGAAUCAAAUGCCAGAUAUGCCCGUCCAGGUCCCGGUGGACGACCCAAACGCCGAUACCGAAUGGAACGACAUUCUCCGCAAGCAUGGUGUCAUCCCCGAGAAGCCCCCUUCGCCCACACCCAUGAUCGAGGAAGCCCUCGUCGAGGCACGGAGACUUGCACAUGAGAACCGGCUGGAGGGUAAGGACUUGGACGAGCUUGCCGAGCUGGAAGACGAGGAGGACGACGACUUCCUCGAGCAGUACCGCAAGAAACGCUUCGCCGAGCUUUCCUCCAUCCAGACCGCCUCGAAGUUCAACCAAGUGUACCACCUGCAGAAGCCUGACUAUUCGCGCGAGGUGACCGACACGUCCAAGGAGGCCUGGGUCUUCGUGCUCCUCACAGCUGCCACCACCAACACCGAGUCACAGAGAGCCAUCGAGCUUUGGCGUGAGAUGGCCCGUAAGUUUGGAGAUAUCAAAUUCUGUCAGAUCAGGGGCAACAUGUGUAUCGAGGGAUAUCCGGAUAAGAACACUCCAACUAUCCUCGUCUACAAGGAUGGGGAUAUCAAGCGGCAGAUUGUAACUCUGAAGGAGCUCAAUGGGCCACGCACCUGGGUCGAAGACGUCGAGAAGCUGCUGAUAGACCUCGGCGUCCUCAAGCACGGCGACCCCCGUCUUCGGCGCAAGGAUGAAGACGCCGAAGAGAGCUCGAAGAAGAUUCGCCAGACUCGUGUGGACGAUGACGAGGAUAGCGACUGGGAUUGA